CUCGAAAAUCAGAGCAGCGAUUUUGGGUUUGGUAAGGGCGCGCAGAGCUUUUCCUCUUCUUCUUCCUCGUCUUCUUUCUCAUCUCUCAGCGUCUCUUACCCGCCUUCCCCUCUCAGUUACUAUUUACUUUAAUUCAAAAAAAUCAUAAUUAAAAUUAAAUCUCUGGUUUUGCUUCUCUCUGUUUUGAUUCGGAAGAGAGAGAAAGAGAGGGACAUGCGAUUGUGGUGGAGGCGGUGGUGGUGCGGGAGCAUCGAAACGUCGUUGUCUUGGUGCGAUGCGGCUGGACGUUGAUGGGCGUGCAGUUUCAAUUGCAGAUGAGUUGGCAGCCGAGUCUACUGAGUCAGAAACGGAAGACAGGCCCGCCUCUAGGGUUGAAGAACCUCGGCAACUCUUGCUACCUCAACAGCGUCCUCCAGUGCCUCACCUACACCCCUCCCCUCGCCAAUUUCUGCCUUCGAAACCAGCACUCCUCCCUCUGUGACUCUAACGAUAAGGAGAGGAAGCGCGAGUGUCCGUUUUGCAUGCUGGAGAGGAGGAUAGUCAGGUCUCUCAGUGUGGAUCUCAGUCUAGAUGCGCCCGCCAAGAUUCGGAGCUGUCUGAAUAUUUUCGCCGACCAUUUUCGCCACGGCCGGCAGGAAGACGCGCAUGAGUUCCUCCGUUACGUUAUUGAUGCUUGCCACAACACUUGCCUCCGCUUGAAGAAGCUCCGGCGCAACAUCACCGGAAAUGGUUUGUCCAACGGCAAUGGCCAUGCCAACGGGAAUGGUCACUCCAACGUUGUUACGGUGGCUCCGUCGUCCACGGUGGUGAUGGAGAUAUUCGGGGGAGCUUUACAGAGCCAGGUGAAGUGUUUGUCCUGUGGCAAGGAGUCUAAUAAGGUUGAUGAGAUAAUGGAUAUUAGUCUGGAUGUUUUGCAUAGUAAUUCGCUUAAAGACGCUUUGCAAAAGUUCUUCCAGUCUGAGCUUUUGGAUGGCCAAAACAAGUACAAGUGUGAAAGAUGUAACAAAUUAGUGGCAGCUAAGAAGCAAAUGUCCAUACUUCAAGCACCUAAUGUUCUUGUAAUCCAACUUAAGAGAUUCGAGGGUCUAUUGGGUGGGAAGAUUGAUAAAUCCAUUUCAUUUGAAGAGUUUUUGGUGCUUUCGAGCUUCAUGUGCAAAAAAAGCCAGGAUCCACGUCCGGAAUAUAAGCUUUGUGGUACUAUUGUGCACUCUGGUUUUUCACCUGAAUCUGGUCAUUAUUAUGCAUAUAUUAAGGAUGCAAUGGGUCGUUGGUAUUGCUGCAACGAUCAGUUUGUCUCACUUUCAACUUUGCAAGAGGUUUUAUCUGAAAAAGUUUACAUCCUUUUCUUUUCCCGUACCAACCAACGGUCGGUUAAUGCUGCUUCAAAUGGUCUGAAGUCUCCUGAUUGUAAUGGUCAUGAAGCUUCUAAAAAGCCAAAACCUGGUCUUCCACCAAAAGGACCACAGAUAAAAAUUUCUGAUAAAGUGCCUUCAGGUGCGCGGAUGAAGUUUAAUAUCAAUGGGAACAAUAGCACCAAAAGAAGUCCUGCAAGUGAGAAUGGAAAAGUAGCUCACAAGAAACAACCUCUGGGAUCAAAUGGGGAGGUGAAGGACUUGGUUAGUUUGAACAGAAGUGAUAAAGUCAAGGUGUCUUUGAUAAAUGGGGAUGGUUUGAACAGGAGUAUAAAAUCUGAUACUAUUGAAGCUAGCAACAACCAGGCAUUUUCAUCACCAAUAGAAAACAGUAGUGCGGCUUCAGUGAAAUCCGAACUCUCUGAAUGUACUGGUUCAGUGAAAACUGAACUCCCUGAUCACUCUGAAUUGGAUAGCAGUGUUCUCCAUGGCCACCCUAUGGUCCUUGGGCCCAAAAGAAAAUCUCAGGGUUCAUGCAUUUUGUUUGAACAUGAUGCUCAAUCUCUGGAAAAAGUUGAAAAACUGAAGGAAGGUCUGAAGAAAGAAGCUCUAUCAGUUUUGCGAUCAUGUGGUUGGGUAGACGACAUUACCAGUUUUAUGCGAUCCCGGAAAAAGUUAUGUGUAGAUCAAGUUGGACUCGCUCAGAAUGGUGAUGAAGCAAAGAAACAGUUGAUCAGGGAUUCCAAAUCAACUUUUAUUUCAAAGAUACCUGAGUCUUUGAAAGGGGGCUUCAUCAAACGUAUUAAAUCAUUUAGCCAAGAAUAGUGAUAUUAUAUUAACGCUGAACCUGGUAGUCUGUGUGCUGACCUGGUGGGACUUGGUGUACAAUUUGUACAGAAACUGUUGUAUCUCCUGAGGAAGCAGAGUAUUAUGUUAUGAACUGAACCCUUAUUCAGCAAGUGUCUCAGCGGUUAUGUUCUGCCAAUGGCAAUAUACUGGUAGGUGCACGAUGUCAAGUUAAUAUGAAAGUGCCAAUUCAAAAUUGCCGAAAUUUUUGCUCUUUCGAGGCUAUGUUAUUGGUUUUGGGCAGAGAACAAGUGAAGAGAUUAGAGAUAUAUUCAUUUAUGUAUAAUAUUCUUUUGGUGUUGGUCCUCGUUUUUAUGGAUUACAACUUUUCCAUCAAAAUGUGGUCGGAUAGGUUAAGAAAAAGAUUAGGAAUCGAAUUGAGUUGUAUUACUUUUUGCUUAUCUCCAACCCAUGAUGACAUUUCGAAAGAGUUAAUUCUACUUGAC